AUGAAUUUGCGGACCAGCGAUGGUGGUCCACUAUGUCAAGAGCCCCCAGCUCAGCCUGCAUUCGCAUCCGGGCCAGUAGGCCAGCCGCCACCACAAUUAGUAGGGUCGAAUCCAGCCUUGCGGACCUCCCGCGUCGGUCGACCUCCUGCUCCCAAACGGAGGAUGCCAGCACGUUCCCGGGCCGUUCCCUAUCCUGCUCCUCUUCCGGUUUCAACUCAGCACCGUCCAGUUGUCAAUCAAGCACCGUCAACACCGAGUCAGCGCGGACGGAGUCUUGGGCAUGCUCCAACACCCACAACAGUGCAGUCUGUGUCACCACAAGUGGCCCCCUCUCCACGCACCCACCAGGCGCCGCAGUCAGCCUCUCAGGCUCUCCUCCCUCCCUUCAAUUUUGUUUUACCGGUACUAGCCCGUCCGGAUCCUGACAGACGAGCCCUGCACCAAGCGCAUCUCCGCAGCCCCAAGUACAACAAGGUCGACAAGGUUCAAGGCAACUCCGAGGUCAAGUAUUACCAGUACGUUGAAGACAUCAUUCAUUUGCCCGAAGUCCUCAGUGCAGACCAUGAUUUAGUGCGUUGGGAUGUGCAAAUUCCACACCAGUACUGGGCUAGGAAGGCAGAAACUUUAAGCACGACAGGCGAAUUCCUGACCAAACGCCGCAACCUCUGGAAUGGCUGUGUACAGUUCAGACUGAAAUGCAUAUCACUUGAUGGAAAUGACCUGAAAACAAGUCCGAAACCUCCAGGGUUCUGCGGUCGCAGCACGAAAUGGCCGAGAUGUCUUUCAGUCUCCAUCAAUGGCGACAUGGGAGUUGACUUUCGCCGGAAGGCUCAUUACGGUGUAGAUCUACCAGCAGACGUGACCGAUCUGCUGAAGGAAGGAAAUAAUCAGGUGAUGGUCGGCAUCAGUCCAACUCCUGCAGAGAUGCAGGCGGUCUAUCUGAUGGCGAUUGAAAUUAUCUGUGUCUCCGAUUACAACACAAUUUUACAGAUCCCGGGUCGCAUUUUGGCGAAAGAGGCGAUGUCGAGUAUCGUGACGGCGCUGAAGAACCAAGAAAGUGGUAAAGACGACAGCGACGAUGAUGUUGUUAUAGCACAAUCUGCCUUGAGCAUUGACCUUGUGGAUCCUUUCACGUCAGUCAUAUGGGUGACACCGGUGCGCGGCAAAGACUGUCAGCAUCGCGAGUGUUUUGAUCUAAAAUCCUUCCUGCAGAGUCGCACAAGCCGUGACAAAAAAAGUGGCGUAACAGAUCCUGACCAAUGGAAGUGUCCAAUCUGCAAGCGAGACGCUCGGCCUCAGCUGUUGGUUAUUGAUGAAUUCCUGCUCGAGGUACGCAAGACACUGGAGCAGCGCAACCAACUGGAGGAGGCCAGGGCGAUUUUGGUCAAGGAGGACGGCUCCUGGGAAGUCAAGCUAGAUCCAGCCGUUUCUGCCUCAAGAUCCUCGGCGCAGGCAACAGCUGCUGCGACGCCGGCACCUGCACCCAUCCCCAUACCAGAUAAAUCCCGAGACAUCAAGUCUGCAGAAGCCGCCGUUACAGCAAGUGCAGCAAAACCAACAGAUCCGACAGCAAUCGUCAUUCUCGACGAUGAUGACAACUAA